AAAUCCAAUCAUUGACCCUCGGCCACCCCUCUCACAUAUGUGUACAUCGCAAUUCUUCAGUUAAACGUCCUCGCGAUGCACACCCGCCAGGAGCACCCCUUGAUUGGAUUGUCGUGGUGACCACCGGCAGCAUGCCCCCAAUACUACGCGCACCAUCCACAGAAACGCUCAAAUUCCUGCGCGAUGCCGCUCUGUAUGGCAGCCUCGGCACUACCGCCGGCGUCAGUCUAUUGCUAUACGAAGAAAGGCGACGGAGAAUAUGCACGUUGCAAAAAGUUGUCGACAAUGGGAAGAAGCUCAAGAGCGUGCGGGGGCGGAGGUUAGUGCAUCGAAGCGCGUUGACAGGGGAAGAGAUGAAACAAUUAGGCGGAACUGGAGUACUGGAACAGAGGAUCCAUAAGCCGUACAAGAGACCGGCUGUUGAGAUCGACGAACAGGAAGGAUACCACAUAACGAAGAGCGGCGAUACGAGGAGUGGGCGGAGGAAGCUACAUACAAGUGCGCCACGAGGCGAGACGACGACGAAACGGGCACGUAAAGAGGUGAACGAGCAUACCAAAAGAGUCAAAUGGAAGGAUGAAAUCCGAAGGAUGAUGUCGAGAAUGCAAAAUCGACGCGUAAGCGGGCUGGGUGGGAGGCAUCAAUUGAAGCUGUCCCCGGGAGGAUUGAAUUGUCGAGACUCCUGUCAUCGACUCUACAAUAAGUAUGCGAGCCUAUCUUCGUCAUCGGUGUACCCGCGUUCGUUGCAUUUGGAUUCACAGCAAAUCAAUCCGGUGUCGAUGGACCUGACUUCACUCUUUUACCUCCCUCCUGAUGCACCGAGAGAUCCUGGACCAUAUCAGACACCAUGGGCUGGAACAUUGAAGGAGGCUGAUAUACUCAAAAUGCCACCGCUGUUCUCUGAUGCCACGAAAGCUAGUGAUAUCCCUGCAAUGGCUGUCCCCUUAUCCGCAAAGUCACAGAGUAUGUGGGGGAGCCUACAUACAAGACCAGCUGCAAUUGCAACUGUAAAUAGUGCUGCAUUACCAGCAGCCAUUGAUCGUGCGCCUACGCACAGCUCAGCCCUCGAGAAAUUUUUGUUAUACCACGAGCUCCGCACAGGUCAGCCACACCAGAGACUUAGCUCCGCCUCCCUUGAAGAUAACCAAACAGAAUUUCAAGCAGUGACAUCUAAAGUGCAAUUGCAGCCUAAUUUUGGCCACCUACUUCCGUCUUCUCACAUCCUUGAAACUUACCCUAGUAAAGAGCUUGUAGAGACAUUCCUCGAGCUGACGGAAGACACCACCCAAAUCACAAGUAAGACGGUAACAACCAUUGGUCAGGAUCUCCUGCGGAUGAUCGCCAGGUCCACACACACGAACCACCUCAAGAGAUUGCGUGACAGGUUGAAAUCAUGGGGCCAGCUAGACGAGGUGUGCUUGGCUUCCCUAGAGGAACACAGUCAAGAGCUGUUACAGUACUAUGUGGACACAUCCGAACCGUUGGCCGAGACCCCAAGCCUGGUGCGGUUUACUGGUGCUCUCCGAGAUAAUCCAUACGAACGUGAAGCUCUUGAGCUAAUCAAGUACGUAUGGCUUUCAAGAAAGGAUCGGCGUAGAAAGACAGCAUCAACCGGAAAGUCCUUGGAAGAGGCAUUCAACAGAAUCAUCGAGGGUAGCAUCCCGGUCACUCUAUGCCAGGCUAUCAUCGACAUCGUGACAAAGGUCGAUACCCACAAAGAACAAUGGACCCGUCUAUGCGAGUCGCGGUUUCGCCAAGUUGUAGAGUCCGACGUAUCAGUGCGCGAGAAGACCAGGCGAAUGGUUGAUAUGUUGAAACGUAUCAGAGGGAGUGUUCCGUCCAUAGAGCCUCAGGUUCUGCGAGUCCUGACGGAAGCGCUCGAAAGCGGGAAGUGGAAGAUGACAAGUCAACUAGUUGCUAUCCUCGACAAGCAGGACGGCAUAGAUCAGGGUAACAUACAUCUUAUCCUCCUUUCGCAGUCUGAUAACCAUCACACGGUCGAACGGCUUUCUGCAAAGUACGAGUCAUUGCUUCCAAUCGAUCCAGGCUUGAUCGAGAGAGUAUGUUAUUCAAUUGCCGUAGUUCGUCCUGUAGAGCACGCCAUCAGCAGAAUUGCACGUCUUUGCAGCGCGCUCGAUCAUGGUAUACUUGUUCACACAAGACUGGAUAAAGUAGGCAUCAGCAAUGGAGAACGGGUUCUGGAGAAUGCUUACGUUUCCAUUCUGAAGAAGUGCUGGAGCACCACUAAGAACAUCAACGUCGUGAAAGAUGUGUACGGGAUGAUGGCGGCUACCACGAACCUCAGCAAAGGCAUUUCCCUAAUGUUCUCAGCGAUACAAGUUCAAGCUCGGCAUGGCGCAGGAAUGGGACCAACCUCUGUUCGCAGUAACAAAGCAUUGGAAGCGCUCGCAGAAGCAGCGGAUCGACAGAAUUGGUACGCCUUGAGUCCUAUCUUGGACACUCUGAAUAGCCUUGAGAUUCUUGAUGCCGAAGGACAGAUGGAUGCCUUGCAUCCUCUCGUUUCUGUCUAUCUCUCAACCCGUACGUUCGACGAGGCAUUUUCCUGGGUCAAGAGCAGAAUCGCACAACACAUGCUGAAGCCCAACGAGGAGCUGCUGAGGACUCUUGUUGAUUCUGCUCUGAAAGAGAGACGCGGGCCGGACAUCCCAAAUAUUUUGGCCUACUUCCACAGCGUCAAAACGGACUUCAUGGUAACUCCUAAACUUGCAGGGGAUCUCCUUCGGAUACACCAGCAGCUCCACCGACCAGACUCUGUCACCUUGGCCGAGAUGACAGAGCUACUACACAGAAACGCUCCAGGGCUGCUAUCUGCACAAUUGGGGAGCAUGUGGAGUCAAGUUCGAGACUUCGAAGCGUCCAAGAUGAGCGCGAAGGAGCAUGAAGAAUUUACGACGCCUCUGGCGCUUUCAAUUCGUACUCAAUCAGCUUCACCAGCUGCUUAUUGGACCCAAAUCCACCAGUGGUAUGCUCACGGGGAGUAUUCCAAAGUUCGGACAGCGUUCGAAGGGCGGUUAGCAAAACACAAACCACUGACUGGCCCUAUACUGGACUUGACUAUCGCUGCGUGCUUGAAGGAAACGCCAGAUGACUCUACUUUGGCCGAAUCUAUCAUGGCCCGAGCCCGUCAGCAAGGCAUCGUGGUUGAUAUCGCCAUACGCCGGCUACUUGCGCAUCGCAUCUUUACCACCCGCUCCGACCCAGAGAUGAUCCGCCGGAAGGUGUUCGAAUACUACCACUUCAAUCAAUCCAAGGGGCUUGCAGUCAACCACUACAUCACUCUCAGCGCUGCUCACGAACUCAUCAACCGUAGAAAACCACAUCUUGCGGCCAGCCUGUUACGAGAAGUCUUUGUCUCCAAAUGGACUGCGCAUUGUCCUUUUGAUACUAGCAUCAUGAGUUGCUGGAUGAAAGCACAUGCUGAAAGUGGCAACUUACGCGGCUUCCGCAGCGUGUUGCUUCUAUGCGAAAGGUCGGAUUUGAUGUUCGACUACAGAAUGCUGAGUUCCAUGUACAAGCAUCGCCAUUUACUUCUCCGAGUCAUGCGCUACGAAAACCGCUGGCCACGUCAUUUCAAGGACAUCAUGAGCCGUCACACGCAUGCGACCCGCGAGUGGAUUGCGGAGGAAGACCUUGUACAUCUCUUCAGACACUGGCGUUCUCAUGUCAAGAUCCUCUCAAGGUUGCAGAAGCGACGUAAUGCAGAUCUUGGUAUCAUGCUAUGUCAAGCCCUCAUCACCCAUUCAGGGGGGUGCGUCAGACCAAGAGCAUAUUGGAAUACCCUCAACUCAGCCGACACGCCUGCCAGGGAACCGAAAAAGGUCCCACCGAAGUCCCGGGCCCAGAGCAGCGCGCUAUUUCCAACGAAAGUCCAAGGCAUGCUCCCAGCCAGCAUUGACAUCCUCGCCGGCGAAGCCCCCGCAGGCAUCAGCGGACACGCCCUCCACGAGCCCGUCCUCUCAACAGACAUCAUUGCCCUCAUCGGCACAUCUCUAACCCACGACGACCCUGACCUUCUCCCAUCCUUGAAGCAGGACCAGCCCUACAUACUCGCCCUCGACUCCGCCGACCCAGACACCAACGAGCUGAUCGCCAACCUGACGCGCCGCUUCAACCACCGCCCCGGACGCGCCGCUAGCCUGGCCGCAAAGCAGUUCUACAAGAACCUGGUGUGGGACUGGGUCGAUUGGCCGGUCGAAAUCACAGACGACGAGCUUUGCGACUGGCGCGCUGAGCUGAGAGAGCCGGAUGCGGGCAGGCUGUUGUAUGGUGCGAGGGAGGCGCGCUUCGAUGAGCAGGACUGGGGCCGUAUGCGUGCUAGGGCGUUUAGGGAGGCGUAGUGAGUGGACUUGCGGGGGCUGGGGGGAGUCAGUGUGCAGAUGGGGAGCUGGGUUGUAUAUGGGAAGUAGGCGGUAGACUUGGAGCACGACUUCUUUUGUGUGUGUGCAGUAGUUAUUGUAUAUAUGUACAUGUAUAUAUCAUGUUGUGUUUCGGAAGACGUGUGCUUUCUGCACUGCUAUGUUCG